AUGUACCGGCUGCUGAUUUUCAUCGUUUUAAUUAGUUUCGCUUCAUCCGCUCAAACAAUUAAUAAAGACGAUUUGCUUGUCAUUGCAAUUGCAACUAAUCAGACUGAUAAUUAUCACCGUUUCAUUCGAUCAUUGAAUAUUUAUGGUUACAAAUACGAGAUUUAUGAUUCAAGUGGAAACGACGGGGAAAUUCAACCUGUGAAGAUUUUACGAGAGAAUCUUCUUCGCUAUAAGAAUGAUAAGAACAAAAUUCUGCUCUACACAGAAGCGUACAAUGUCAUCUUCAAUCAAGGACCGGACUUUGUCUUAGAUAAAUUUCAAGCAUUUCAACCAGCUCGAAUUGUCUUCGGUGCAGAAGAUAAGUGCUGGCCUGAUGAAAAAUUACAAUUUGAUUAUCCGUUGGUCGAUAAGCAUGAAAAACGUUUUUUGAACUCAGGCGGAUUCAUGGGUUACGCAUCGGAUAUUUAUGAAAUGAUUUCGAAUGAGGAUGAUAUCAAGGACCAACAAUUGUUUUUUACUCGAAUUUUUCUCGACGAAACGACUCGAAAUAAAUGGUCCAUUGUACUUGAUACACGUGCUGAUAUUUUCAUGAAUUUGGAUGGUGCUAUCGAUGAAAUCGAAUUGCCAGCAAAUAAUGACGAAAUUUAUGUCCAUAACACCUGGACAGAUUCAGUUCCAACUGUUAUCCAAGGUUUCGGCUCGGGAAAGAAAAGUUUAAACUACCUGAGCAAUUACAUUGCUCGAACAUGGUCAUCAACUAAUGGAUGUUUACAGAACAAGGAGCAGCAAUAUGAUAUCACAGAAAAUAAAGACCUCGUAUCGUGGCCAAUGGUUUAUGUCGGCUUAUUUAUCGAAUAUCCAACACCAUUCCUUCGUGAAUAUUUCGAAAAAAUCAUGAAAAUCACCUAUCCCAAACAACGUAUGGGUAUUUUGAUUCACAAUCAAGUUGAGUAUCAUAAGAAUAUUACGGAGCAACAUUUCGAAAAGUUCAAAAAAGACGAAUACAAGUUCGUCAAAUAUUUGAACGUUAGCGUUGAUAUGACCGAAGGCGAAGCACGACAACAACUGAUUCGUGAAUGCCAAAAAGAUAAAUGUGACUACGUAUUCGCGCUUGACUCAAUCGCUCAUAUUGAUCAUCCGGAUACCUUAAUUGAAUUGAUUAUACGAAAUCGAACCAUCGUCGCACCAAUGUUACUUCGACCAGGACAGACAUGGAGUAAUUUCUGGGGUGAUUUUUCCGAUGAAGGAUUCUAUCAACGAUCACCAGAUUACAUGGAUUUCGUCAAUUACAAGAAAAUGGGUUUGUUCAAUGUUCCUCAUAUUGCUCAUGCUUAUUUAAUCAAUGGAACAUUUCUCCAACGUUUUACUCCGAGUUAUAUCGAAGAAAAGGUUGACCCAGAUGUGAAAUUUUGUCAAUCAGUGCGGGAUGCGGGAUAUUUCAUGUAUAUUGAUAAUGAUAUGAAUUACGGACAUUUGAUCGAUCCGGAAAACUUUAAUAUUUCGUUAACACAACCUGAAAUCUAUGAAAUAUUCAACAAUGUUAAAGAUUGGAAAGCGCGUUAUCUCCAUCCUGAUUAUCAUCAAUCAUUGGAACCUAAUGCAAUUAUUGCACAGCCAUGUCCUGAUGUUUACUGGUUUCCAUUUCUCUCCGAAGAAUUCACUAAAAGUUUAGUUAAUAUCAUGGAAACAUAUAAUAAAUGGUCCGGCGCAUCGCACGAUGACGCACGAUUAGCUGGAGGUUACGAGAAUGUUCCAACGGAUGACAUACACAUGACCCAAGUCGAUUUUCAAGAACAUUGGUUAUUCAUCUUGAGAGAUAUUGUUCAGCCGAUUCAACAGAAAGUAUUCACUGGUUAUUUCAGUGAUCCACCGAAAGCAGUACUCAAUUUCGUUGUUCGUUACAUGCCGGAACGACAACGAAGCUUACGACCUCAUCAUGAUGCAUCAACAUACACGAUCAAUCUAGCGUUGAAUGAUGCAGGAAAAGAUUUUGAAGGUGGUGGCUGUCGAUUCGUUCGUCAAAACUGUUCGGUAUUAGGAACUCGUCGCGGUUGGGCAUUGAUGCAGCCAGGUCGUUUAACUCAUUUGCAUGAAGGUUUACCCGUUACGAAAGGUUCAAAUAUCGGUUUCACAGAUGCGUUGACAUUAGAAGAAUACGAGGAUGAUGUCGAACUAAUCAAACUCAAUUUCGAUUCAACACGACCAUGUCGAUUCUUCUCCGAUGACCGUCGUCCGAAAGUAGAAAAGGGCUUAGCAAAUUGUUCAUGGUACGAAGAGAAUGCAUGUUGCAGACGAACUGAAGUUGCCAGUGUUUUCGAGUCGAUGUAUACUCUGCACAAAGGUUCAUUAUUAUGUCAAAAUAUGAUGAAUUAUCUCAUGUGUUUCUUCUGUGCACCCGAUCAAUAUUUGUGGUAUAUCAGAAAACGUGUCAAAAUUUGCAAAACAUUUUGCGACGAACUUUAUACGAAUUGUAAGGGCGCGGAGUUCAAUGGGAAUAUUAUCGAUGUUGUAUAUAAAUCAGGUUUACACUUUUGUGAGGCAAAUAAUUUCAAUGUUGUCACAAGUGAUUGUUUUACCUUCGACGAAACUGUCUUUUCGUCCGCGACAGCUUUAUUCCAGAAAAUGUCGACUGAUAUGUAUUGCAGUAGUACGUUUAAUGGCCAACGUAUAUUUAAUCCAUCGAGUUCGAAUUCUCAAACUGAUGAUGGUCAACUAACUUUUAGUCUAUGUUUCACGCCAACAAAAGAGUAUCCAUCGGUCUUUGGAGGAGCGUUGUAUGGGUCUGACGUGAGUAUUAUUCAUGGAAGUUAUGAUGGAACUAAUCACAAAGGAUCAAUGACAGAAAUGAUCAAUGGUAUACCAACAUAUUUUUAUCACUACAAGUUAUGGGAAGAAAGAACAAACGGGAAAAGUCAUUUGCGCGGAACAUGGAAAUCGUUGGUUGAUUCGAACUUAUUUGGAGAAUUCGCUAUGGUUCAAGAGAAUGAUUCAACAUCGAGAUUGAUUUCAGGAAUUUGGGUUGGACAGUCUGAUCCCGAUGACGAACUUCGCGACUUCUUACUUCCUAUCAAUCCGAUUCGAUGGUGUAUGACUCUUUAUCAAUCUGAUGAACAAGCGUGGAGACUAUUCGGUAGUGGGUAUUUUAAUGAUUCAGCUGAUAUCCCAAAUCAACCUCUGCUGUUUUUUACCUUAAAUGGUCACGGAACGUUAGAUGACAUGAAAAUUCUGAAGAAAUAUGUCGGAACAGAAUAUUUUGUUGAAUAUCGAGGAAAAUUCAAUGAAAACUUUCAAUUUCAAGGGCGUUGGUCAAAUCCAUUAGCUGGAAGUUAUGGUUCGUUCGUCGCUGAACGCUACCAAUUGAAUCCUUCGAUUACAUAUAAACUUGAUAUAUGUAUUUGUGAAGUCUGUGGAAAUGUAAUCUAUCCCGGCGAUACUCGUUGGUGCUGUUUCCAGUGUCAUUUUAGUACGUGUUUUGGGUGUCAUCUGAAUUCAUUAGCUCAGAGCCAUCCACAUUCCUUACAUAUCGAUAUACUGCCUUGUCAGAAGCUUGCGAUUGGAAAAACUUCGAAAGAAUUAAUUGAGCAAUCAUUUCAAUUAUUUCAGUCGUCACCAUUACUGAUUUAUAAAGAUCAACAAACCGAUCAAUUUGUUCGUCUGACUUAUGGCGAAAUGGCUUCCAAAUGCGUCCAGCUGGGAAAAUACUGGAAAGAAUUUCUUGGCAAUCCCGAUGAUAAUAGUCGACCGAAGAUCUUAUUGAUCUGCUCGACAUCUCCUGCUUAUGUCUGUUGUUUAUUAACUGGACUUCUAUCACAAGCAGUAGUUGUUCCCAUUAACGGCUCAUUGCAUACGGAUGCAAUUCAGAAUACGCUAUCAAAAAUCCAGCCAUCGUUCAUUGUGAUUGACGAAGAAUUUCAAGAGAAAAUCUAUCCAUUAUUAACAUCCGAACAACAAAAGUCAUUGAUGAUCAUCUACAAAACUGAAGAUCGAUUUCAAGCAAAAGUUAAUGAAUCGAAUUUCGUUUCCCUAACUAGAGCACUUGAACUAGGAGAGAAGAGUUCGAUUGAUACGACACCAUCCUGUCAACUGUCAAGCAAAACAGUAUCAGCUAUUCUGUCCACAUCUGGCAGCACUGGCUAUCCCAAAGGAGCUAUUUUCACUGAAGAUUUACUCGUACCAAACGAUAAUUUCACGUUGAUAUCUCCAUUCAUACGCAUAGAUUAUCAGCCAUUUGAUCCUGUUCUUCUACUAUCAUUAAUAAGUACUAUUCGCUAUGGAAGUUCGCGAGGCUUGACAAACCUGGCUAACAUGUGGGCAGAUAUUAAAUUAAUUAAACCAACGAGUCUCGGCUUAACACCGUCCCUAUGGAAUAUCAUUUACAAAGAUUAUCUGAGUAAAUGUAAUGGCAAGGAUAAGGAAGAAGUCAUCAAGCAAAUGCGCGAAGAUUUAGGCGGAAGAGUACAUGUGGGAACAACAGGUGGAGGAGCCAUUUCCGCGACGGUAUUAGCCUUUGUUCGAAAUAAGCUAAAGAUUGAUCUGGUUAAUAUGUAUGGCUGUCGAGAAUGUGGAAAUAUUUCUAAAAAUGGAGUUAUUUAUCCAGGAGUAUCUGUAAAAUUACUUCCGGUGAAGGAUAUGCCUGAAUUCGAUGGAAUUCAUCAAGGUGAAAUAUGUAUUCAUUCACCAAAAAUGAUUCAAGGCUAUUGGGGUAUUGAUCAUCACUCCUCCUUCAUUGAAAUCGACGGCAAAACAUACUACCGAACAGGCGAUGUCGGACACUUAGAAGGAGAUUCGAUUAAACUACUUGAUCGAUCCGGAACAAUGAUUAAGAAUAACAUGGGUGAAUGGAUAUCACCUGUUCAUAUAGAGAAUAUUUUGGAACAACUAGCAGAAAUUUCGACGUCGUUUAUACUUGGCCAUUCGAAAUAUUCGUAUCUGAUUGCGAUUGUGUGUCCGUCGCAAUCGGGUUCGACAUUGAAUGAUAUUGAUAUGUUACAAUUGAUUCGAUUUCAUGCUGUUCAUUGCGGUCUGACCGGUCCGGAAAUACCUCAGGCUGUUUUCAUCGAACGAAAUCUAACUUGGAACGAACAAAAUGGCUUAAUGAAAGAGAAAAAAUGUCGACAUGCCUUGCUACAAUAUUAUUCACAUUUGAAAACACAAAUCUUUCACGAAGAGCUAACCAAUCAAACAAACGAAAACGAACAAUUAACAGAUGAAUUUAUCAAAAUUCUAGAAGGUGUUCUGAACCGCUCGUUGAAAGGACAAAUCAAUGGUGAGAAUACGAUGAUUGAAAUCGGUGCUGAUUCGUUAGCCAUUAAUUUACUUUGUAAGAUUUUCAAUGAUCAAGGAAUCUCUCUGACACCAACUAUUGUUUAUAAUCAUCAGUUGAAUCAUCUAAACCAAAUUCUCACAAAGAAACAUGUGAUUUCCGACCAGGUUGUUCAAGAUAUUAAUUGGAAUCAACAGUGCCGACUCCCGCCUCAUUUCAAAACGUUGAUCACAAAUCUCAAAGCUUCAUCGAAGAAAAAUAUUUUUGUGACAGGCGCAGUCGGAUUUCUCGGACCUCUGUUAAUCGCCGAGAUCGUCCAACAAACCAAUGACGACGUGAUGAUUUAUUGUCUGAUUCGUGCGACAGAUGAUCAACAUGCAAAACAACGCCUACAAGAUGACCUAAGUAAAUGUCAACGGUUGAACUCAAUGAAGUGGGAUCGAGUUCACUGUCUCGCUGGUGAUAUUGCCAAGGAAAAUCUCGGCUUAUCAAUAGAUUUGUACACGAAAUUGAUUGACGAAAUCGGUUUUAUCUAUCACAAUGCAUCCUAUGUCCACUUAGAAAUGCCAUACAAAGCACUGAAACAUGCGAAUGUUCAAGGUACAUUGAAUAUUCUUGAAUUUGCCUUAAAAUGUCACGGGAAAUUGAUCUAUACAAGUUCUGUCGCGGCAUUACCGCGUAGUAGUGAUUCGAAAGAAGAUUCCGACGGAUGGGUUCAAUUAUCAUCGCAAGAAAUCAACGAAAAAGACGGGUACGGACAAACAAAAGUUGUGGUAGAAGGAUUAUUGAAACGAGCAUCGGAUCUUGGUGCUAAUAUCACUGUAAUCAGACCUUGUUCAAUCUCUGCUGAUAGAACUUCUGGUUUUACCAAUUUGAACGAUUUUAUCAAUAUUUUACUGCGUGUGCAAAUCGAAUUGAAGACGAUUGUUGAAAACGCAAAUAUGAAAUUACAUUUUGUUCCUGUUGACUAUUGUGCAAAGGUGAUCGUGGCUUUGGCUCUGUGUUCAAAUAGUCAAGGUAAAUGUUUCAAUUUGUAUGGAAAUGCAUUGGAUAUAGGACGUAUUUACCGAAUUCUAUUCGAGAAAUUAUCACAGAUGAAUAUAAAGAAAAUCAAACAGAGUCAAUGGAAAGAUUUCAUCACGAAUAAUCUUUCGGAAAACAGUCGAUUUCGCUCGAUAAGAGAUCGAAUUGCAUCAAUACGAUUCAUUCAGAACGAAGAAGAACAGGCCAAUGUCGGAGUACCGAUUGAAAGAACAAAAUUGUUCCUACAAGAACAAUGCCACUUGCCAUGGUUUCAUGUUUCUGAACAAGACUUUCACAAAUCGAUUGAUUACAUGAUCGAGCAAAAUUAUUUUUCUUCUACUUAA